AUGCUGACGCCGUCGCCCCUGGCGGACUCUGUGGUCCGCGCUGCCGCGUGGGAUGACGGCGGGGCGGAGUUCAUCUUUUCCGACGGCACCAUUAUGUCUUUUGUGGACAACAUGAACACGUUCGUAGCGGUGCGCAGCAAACCUAGUGCUCGCGAGGCACGGCGGGCGGCGACUCACGCGGCCCGCCAGCGACAGCAGGAGGAGAGGCGGCAGCGGCUGUCGAAGGCAACCGCAGCCGCCGCAGUUCAAUAUGUGGACUCGAUCAACGACCCCCAAGACGACGAUGACGAUAACCGCGAGCUGUGCUUUACAGCCUGGACGCUCAGCAGGGACGUGGGUAAGGUGCGGGCGGCUCUCCACAUCUUCAACAGCCUCAGCGAACAGCCGCGGCUGCUGACGCCGCUGCUGCCUUCAGAAGUCCCUGCACCUUUUCUCUCGCCUUCCUUGUUGACAGCUAGCGCUUCGUCGGUGACACCGGCAUAUUUGAUGGUGGGAUCCUGUGGCGUGUGGCAAGAGCCGGGCCCCCCGAUCGACACCCUGCUGCUGGAGCGGCGCGCUGACCUGUUCCGGCGGCACGUCGUGCUUGGAACCGUUCGCGAGUGGAGGCCUGUUUCCGCAGCCGUUUCGCAGCGGCAGCCGGGGGUUCCAAGCGCGGCGGGGUGCUCUCUACCGCGGUCAGCGUCAUGUCUCAUCGAUGGCACGGCCGCAGCUCCGACUACUCUGGAGCGUGCGACACAGUUAAGAGUGGCAGAGCGCUCACCUGCGCGGACAGAGUAUGGCGAGGAUUCGAGUGUUGCACCCCCCAAGGAGGUGCCUGUUGGCACGGUACUCGAGCUAUGGUGUGCUCUGCGCCGUGUCUGUAUGACGGUCGCGGUGCACCGCGAAACCUUCACGGUGCGGUGGCCAGCGCCGGUGACCCGCAGCGACGGAUCGAGACUACCGCCGUCAUUUCACGCGCGAGACACUGCGGCAUGGCAUCUGUUACCAGUUUCGCCUAGCUGGUCCGCCCGCAUCUCUACCGCAGGCUCCGCAUCGGCGCCGCUGCUGUUCACAUACAUGGAGCAGACGUUCCCAGUGCGCGACCCACCAGAUGCGUGGCGGACGAUGCUGCAGCUGGCGCUACAGCUGGACGCAGAGCUUCCUGGAGCAGAGAAGGAAGGCAACGCCCCCAGUGCGGCAUCAGCGUCACCGUCCCACACCACGGUCGGUGCACUGGGCACGGAUCACGACGGCAAUGCCGGCCGUUCGGCUUCCUGGCACGGCUGCUUGCCUGAACCGCACCGCUGGAGUGGUGCUCUGAACCAGCACUGUAACACCAACCCUUGCCGUUUUUCUCGACUGACUGCAUCGCAGGCCGCGCACCUCGCUGCGCCGCGGACGACACGCGCCGUGGACGCGAUGCGCGAGCUUCACCCACGCGGCACGCGACUUUGUUGGAUGUACGAGGCGAACCACUGCGGUGCAAGUCGGGAGAGCCCAUCUGCCGUGUACUGGUGUCUGCGGGGGUCCGCUGUAACCACACCCAUCACGGGCAACCUCAGCGGUACUGCUGUCACGACAGGCACUUCGAUGGCGGCGCCGCUUCGGGGUACCGAAGUGGUGGCGUGGGUAGCCGAAGAUGGCAGCGUUGUGCGAACCACGCUCGAGGGGCAGGGCUACACAGUUAGACAUCAUCGUCUUCACUUGUCUUCGUCUUGUGUAACGGCACCGGCGCCGGCUGUUUAUCGGCUCCAGGCACACGACACUGCGGCAGCGAUGGCGGCAGUAGACAAGCGCCUGCCAUCAACCAUCACGCCACUGCGCUGCCACGUUCACGUGUCGCCCCAGUCCCCGUCAACGCCGUUGCAUAACGGCGGUGAAGUGCUGCAGAGCUGCUGUGCCUUGUCGCCCAGCGCGAUGCGGCACCUUUGUGGCGAGCCCAACUCGCGGUCCUCACCACGUGGCAACGCACAAAAAAAGGCCGCUGCCGCCGCUGCAGCAUCAGCAGUCGCCGCAGCCUCUCCGGAGGCGUUUGCGGUCGCCGUCAUUGACCCUCAAAGCCUCUACUGCUUGCUAGCGUCCUCGACGGACGGCCUACAACGAGGCUGCACCGCAGCCACCAUCACUCCUGCGUGUGUGUGCUCUGCCGUGGCGGCGCUCAACACAACGUUGGUGUCAAGCGAACAACGUUUCCCUGGAUACAUGGACUCGCACUGCAACGCAGCAGCAGGAGCGCUCUCGUUUGCGUCGAUGGGCAGGGGUGUCACCUGUGGGAGAGUGGGGCCUUUGCAAGCCAACGACGCGGUGCGCCGCCUGCGCUUCGGCCGCUACAUCGCCUCUGUGGUAGACGUCGCCAUUCAGCUGUCGCAGGUGAACUGUGCCGCCCAGCGUGCGGCUGACGCCGAUAGGCUAUCGACAGACCCGCCACGACUCGCUGCGUACUGUGGCGCCGGACCGGCAGCGACUUCGCCGUCGUGCUUGUCACCUAGUGCGCACGGCUUGUCAUGCCGCAAAGGAGCCCGCUCAGCCGCGGCGACGACCACCUCCCGUAGCGCUUCCGCGGCCUCGGUUGUCUACUUGACAAGUCGGCUGGACGGCAUCGGCACCUUCACAGCACUCACCAACGGCACCAUUCGGGUCCACUUUGACGACCGCACCCUCCUUACACUUAUCCCCGGCGUGAACGAAGUGGACGAGGAGGAACUGCUGGCGACGUGUGUGCUGCGCAACGCCACACGGUGUACAAUGCGCGCGGCGCAGUGCCACCCUGGACACGCGAUGCACCGCUACUUGGCCUACGCGCUCCCGUUUCGUCGGUACGUGUACUGGCGAGCUGUCAACCCGCAUGAGCUGGCUGUCAUGGACGGUGGAUGUACUGGGGUCUCGUCCAGCGAACGACAUGCGACAGCGCUGCAGGCGCAACCGCAGCAGCGACAGAGGCAAAGCCCCAGCGCCGCGGUGAUGAAUAGAGUCCUGCACACCACUGCCCGCGACGACCCUUCUGCGUCACUGACCAGCGUCUCCGCAAUGGAGGCAGGCGCGUCUCUGAUGGAGCCCCCGCUUGUGGAUGAGUCUGUAUGUCUCCUGCCGAGCUUGCGGUCGUGCUCCUUGGCCACAUCCUUCAGUGUGCCGGGUGACGACGACGACGACCGCGUUGCAACCGUCUUGAGCAAAGCCGUUCGGGCUCCAGAUGUGAAGAGUGAGCCACCACGCUAUCCGCUGCCCAGUGACCCGACGUGUUCUCCGCGAGUCUGCCUCUCCACCUCCAAUGCCGUAACAUCUCAAGGCAACUUGAACGGCACUGGCCCAGCAUGGGGACUGGUAGACACACAGCGAACGGUGCAAACAUACUACGAUGCCGAAGUGGCCGAGGCUGCGGCGCAGCAGGUCCGACUGCAGGAGCUCCUUGAUCAGAACGAGGCCCUUUCCAAAUCUACCCGAGCUCUUCUGCGCACCUAG